CAACGCUAAGAGGCCCAGUAGUGGAAUCUAACACCUUAUAAGAUUUAUUGCAAUCCUUUUAACAUGGAAGAAAGUGAUAUUGAAGUUCUUGGUUCUAAUGGGAAUGUAGAAGAGGUCUGCCAAAUAUUACAGCACUUCCUGAAAAAAAAUGAGAAUGCUUUUACCUUCCCUAAUUUGGCAGAAAAGAAUCAAAGAGCUAUAUUAUGGACAGCACUGUUUCAACGCUUACAAGAUAAGUCUUCAGGUCCAGCCCAUGCUCUUUGUCUAGCAGCAAUCAGAGUACUGAGCCGAGACAAAACUGACCUUGAAAAUUUAAUCUGUGAGAAAUGGAUAACAACACUCAUUGAAAGAGCAGGGUUAUAUAAUUUCGAAGCUCUUGAUGAAGAGGCCAUGGUACCGCUGGAGGUAAUGGAGAAGGAUGUUGCUGUUGAGGCAUUAAAAUGUCUGUGCAAUUUGACUUUUAACAGUGAAGUGGCCAGAGCUCUUUGUGCCCACACAUCUAUAGCACAGGGAUUAGUAGCCCGACUAAGAAUUUACAAAGAUAUGCCAUUCAAAGAGGAAAUCAUGCUGUUUGACUUGAAGUUGCUGUUUAUUCUUACUGCUUUGAGGCAUGACAUUAAAACUAAAAUUAAGGAUGAGCUCCAUGGCAUGGAAUACUUGAUUAAUUGUCUCGGGGAAAUAUUGUCAGAGGCUUCCAAUGCUGAAGAUCAGGCUGCUAGUAGUAGUGGCUUGGUUGAAGGGGCCCACCACUGUUUUCUACAGGACAAUCAACAAGCCAUAGUCUGUGAGAUUCUCAAGACCCAGUUCAACUUGAUCCUGCAAUCUGGUUCUGAGGAACCUACAGAUGAGGAGGAGGAGGCCAUGUACCUAAAACUGAUGCCGGUUAUGACUGCGCUCCUCUAUGCUCACACUUCAACUGAGGAGAAACUGAUGGAGCUGAGAAGCAAUAUAGCUAAUUUGCUAACAAGUGUUCCUCCAAUGUUUUACCCCUAUUUGACUCCAGAGCUGACUAAAGGAGAAAGAGCUCAGUAUGAGUAUGAUGGGAGGAAUAUGGAUGCAUUACAAGCUCUUAUACUAUUGUUGCAAUACAGGCUCAACAUAACUACAGGCACUAAGAAUCAAUAUGAAAACUUAUCACCAAUACUGACAGUGUUGAACAAGAGUUCGCGUGGAUGCCGUUCCCAGAGGAAGUACCUACGUCAGGUGGUGUUGCCACCUCUACGUGACGUGUCUCGUCCUCCCGAGAAAGGAAAUACCUUGAGGAACCAGCUCUGCAGGCUCUUAACUACGCCUGUGACGUCAGUCAGGGACUUGGUUGCCGAGUUUUUGUUCAUCCUGUGCAAAGAAAAAGUGGGCCGCAUGGUAAAGUACACUGGUUUCGGCAAUGCGGCCGGUCACCUCGCACAGAAGGGGCUUCUAAGCGGCGGCCGAACUGGCGACUACUCCUCUAGCAGCGACGACUCCGACACUGAAGAAUAUUUAGAGGCACAGCCGAAUAUUGACCCCGUCGUGGGAUGCACGCGACCUCCCCGCAUUAAUCCCUUCGAAGGAAUGAGUGAUGAACAGAAAGAGUAUGAAGCAAUGAAGUUGGUGAAUUUAUUCGACAAGAUGGUGACUGAAGGCGUGAUGAAGCCGGCACGUAUCGGGCCCGACGGUCGCCCGCAAGCGGUGGAGCACGUGCUUGAGCUGAGGGAACAUCCUCCGAAUAGACCACAGUCCUAAAGAAACGAGAUGGUAUAGAGGACUCCAACAUGAAGUACCUUGUCGUAUAUUUGAUGCACUAUGGUAUAGGCAAUAACAGGAAGAACGUCAAAGAACGAAUCGUGCUGUUGAUUCGGAUCUUUUCUGAUUUCGAUAUUAUCUGCCCCAGACAUGAAUACAUCAUUCAUUUGGAUCUGGGUGUUCUCAGAAUGUAUUUGUGAGGAAUUGCUGAAUCCAAUAUUCUUGAAUGGCCAAAGUGGGACUAGAGAAAAGGGUUGAAACUACUUCCAAUUAGAUACUCGAUUGAAUUAGAAAUAGAUUAGACAUUUGGGAUUAUAGUGCAUGUUUGAAUAAAUAGGUAUCUUCAAGUUAGUAUUUUGAUCUUCGAUUUACAUUGAAUAGUGGGUAGAAUUUAAAGGGAUUUUUAAAUAGUAAGAGAAGUCUAUUUUUAUUGUAUUGAGGUUUGGUGUACUUACCAAAGUUUUUGGCGAACAAAUGAAGGAAACUAAGUCAUUUGGUAUGAAAUAUCAAGGAUUGUGUAGCUUAGUUUGUAAUUAAUUAGCGUUAUAAUUGCCAGCCGCCUUAACCAACCUGAUUGUACGGAGCAGGCUGUUACUGCCGUUACUAGAGCUGCCUUAUGUUCGAUAACUAUACCUUUACAAUAUUUUUUUUAACUCUGUGUAAUGUAUUUGUUAUUUGUAAGUAGACUUAUAGUGUGAUAUCAUGAGAUAAAUUG